AUUAUGAAUAAAACAGAUGAUAAUAAGCUGAAUGAUGAAUAAUAACAUAAUAGUUCAUUAGAAUUGAAUAUUCAAGGAAUCGCUAGCAAAGCAGCAUUUGUCUCCUUGCUUUGCCUUUGGUCGGUGCACUCUCUUACGUUUGAGGUUCAAUCCACGUUUUCUAAUAUUUGAUAGUUUUAUUGGCCGUUUGUGUGCAUGUCAAAUAGAGAAUUGUUUAGUAUAGGAUACAACUCAUCAAUUUGGAUGAUACCGAAACAUUUCAUGAAAACAAACGUUCUGGACAACUUUUUACUGCAUCUACAUACACCGGUCACUCGACAUUAGUUUUCAAGUUUGAUAAAGAAGAUCGGACGCGUAUAAAAUGGAUGUCAGCCGCAAUAUUCUGGGAGGAAUCCAAUCAAAAAUGGUCAGAUCGACAUGUUCCAUUCUCUUAAGCGUAUCAAUAUACGUCUUAUAUUCGGUUGUUGAUUAUUCCUCGAAGAAUCUUCCUUCCGAAUCAUUAAUGCCAUCUUACGAUUUCAUAAUCGUAGGUGGUGGUUCUGCAGGAGCCGUGAUAGCGAGUCGGUUGUCCGAGAUAGAAGACUGGAACGUACUCCUCUUGGAAGCAGGUGGCGAUGGAAGCAUUAUAUAUGAUAUUCCUCUUACUGCCUCCAAUCUGCAGCUCACAGACAUCGACUGGAAAUACACAACGGAACCCGGUACAAAUUACUGUAGAGCGAUGAAGGGGGGUCGUUGCCUAUGGUCACGUGGCAAAGUGAUCGGAGGCAGCAGCACGAUAAAUUACAUGCUCUAUGUUCGUGGUAACAGAAAAGAUUACGACAUCUGGGAACAACUAGGCAAUCCAGGAUGGUCAUAUGAGGAAGUCCUGGGUUAUUUCAAAAAGUCCGAAGACAAUCAAAAUCCGAUUUACACCAAGACUCCGUAUCAUUCGACAGGGGGUUACCUAACUGUCGAACAAUUACAAUGGUACACCCCAGUCGCCGAGGAAUUUCUUCAAGCAGGGCGAGAAAUGGGUUACGAGAAUAGAGACAUUAAUGGAGAACGGCAGACUGGCUUUAUGACUCCUCAGGGGACCACUAGACGUGGAAGCCGGUGUUCCACGGGGAAGGCCUUCCUGCGGCCGGCAAGCGCGCGUAAGAAUUUACACGUCGCUAUGCACGCACAUGUUACGAAAAUUUUAAUAGAUCCGUCGUCAAAGAGGGCUUACGGUGUACAGUUCUUUAGAGACGGAAGGAUGUUGCGCGUUCAUGCCAACAAGGAGGUGAUAGUUUCCGCAGGAUCUAUCAACAGCCCUCAAUUACUGAUGUUGUCCGGAGUAGGACCUGGAGAACACUUAACGGAACACGGGAUACCAGUGAUCCAGAAUUUAAGUGUGGGUCAUAAUCUUCAAGACCAUAUAAUUCCGGGAGGCCUUACAUUCUUGAUGAAUAAUACAGUAUCGUUGGUAGAGAGCAAGUUUUAUGAUAUUCGAUAUGUGCUAGAAUACGGCAUAUUCGGAACUGGUCCUUUGGCCUCUUUUGGAGGUGUCGUAGGACUAGCUUUUAUCAAUACCAAAUACGCGAAUGCCUCCGACGAUUUUCCAGACAUCCAACUGCAUUUUGUGUUAGCGGCGCCGAUGUCCGACGGCGGUAGAUUUUUUAGAAAAACUCAGCGUAUGUCCAAAGAAUUCUACGACGCUAUAUAUGGGGAGUACUUCAAUGAGGACGCAUGGACCGCGUUUCCUACACUUUUAAGACCGAAAAGCAGAGGUAUCAUAAAGCUUCGAAGCAGCAAUCCCUUCGAUCAUCCGUUGAUUUAUCCCAACUACUUCGAAAACCCAGAAGAUGUGGCGACAAUGGUAGAAGGAAUUAAGUUUGCGGUCGAGAUGAGUAAAACUGCUUCAUUCAGACGUUAUGGAAGCAGAUUAUUACCGAAACCAUUUCCUGGCUGCGUGAAUAUUCCUAUGUAUACCGAUCCAUACUGGGAGUGCCUGAUCAGAUUCUAUGCCACGACUAUAUAUCAUCCAGUGGGUACUUGCAAGAUGGGGCCUAAUUCGGAUCCAACAGCUGUAGUGGACCCUCGGCUUCGAGUUCACGGAGUCACCGGACUUCGAGUCAUAGACGGCUCGAUUAUGCCAAACAUAGUCAGUGGUAAUCCCAAUGCCCCGAUUAUCAUGAUCGCAGAGAAGGGUUCCGAUAUGAUAAAAGAGGAAUGGUUCAAGAAACGGAGUUUAUAGCGAAUAAUUUUUUUUUGUAAUAUUUUGAAUGAUGAGUGAACAAUUUUUGCAAAUUAAUGUACAUCGACUGUUAUUGUUUAUUACAUAAUGGAAACUCAUAGUUAUUAACUUAAAAUAAAUUUUCAUCAUAUAUUAUGCAUAGCGGGAUUUAUGGCAGAAUAUAUUCAUUUCACCAAAUGAAUCAAGUAAGUUAAAUUUUAAAAAGUGCAAAUCAGUCCGUUAAAAUUGUGUUUAUCCGAGCUUAUCGACGGACAAACAGUUAGUGAAGUAGCAGUUCAAUUUUUCCUGUUACGUUCCUUUGAUCUUGAUAUAUUGCAUUACAAUUGAAACGUAUAAUGUGAGAAAAGCAUAGCGUCGAUGAAGAAAAAUCGUUGCAGACAUUUCAUUUUGUGAUUUAUUUCCUUCGUCCUCUAGACAUCGGUUGCAAGCUAAUUAUGGCAUAUAAAGUAGUAUAUAGUAUAAGCAUAGUAUAUAAGAUAAAGGAGAUACUAUAGACAAUCGUAGUAUGAAAAUUAUGGAAAUUCCUUUCCUCAACAAAUGUGCCUCGCGUAAAUUAUUAAGCGUAUUGAUUUCCUUUCAGACUGUGAGAUACGAUGUAAAUUAUAAAUUUGUGACCAACCUUAUUUAUUAAAGUACAUACAUAGUAUAUGAUA